AUGCCUCGCAACGGAGACGGAUCCUCAGACAACGGCCCCAUUGAGACGGGCCAGCACGCCAUCCACGGCGCGUCUGGAGAUGCCAGCAUGGAGCACACUAAGAAGGUAGCUCCGAUGCCUGAGCCGGAGAAGGGCGAAGGCAUCCAAGGCAUGAGCGCUUCGGGCGGCGGUGAAGCCCCCAGGAAAGGUCACACUGGUCAAGGCCGGCCAGCCACCGACUCCAACAAGCCCGCGCCUGUCGACCAGGCUACCAAGUAA